AUGGUCAAAGACAAGGAAACAGUCAUUGAAGAAUUCAACGACCUCGUCAACAUGUCCGCCUCGGAACUCAAAGACUGGCUCGGCUCCGCAGACUCUGCCGGAGCAGGUUGGGAUAAAGAUGAUGGCUCGGGCGAAUCCAUUGGACAUGAGAGUGGUCGCAAGAUUGUCGAGAUUCUGGAAAAGAAUCCAAAGAAAGAUCCAUCCAAGUAUGAGGAAGAUGAUGUCGCUCAUAUGAGGAAAGUAGUGGCAUAUAAUAAACGUCACCUGGCACAAGAAGGGAAAGCGAAACAGGACCCGGACAGUAAGAGUGCCAAGUCUUUAAAGAAUUGGGGACAUGAUCCACAGAAGGCUUAG